AUGAUUCCGCAUCGCAGCACGGGUCUUUUGGCUAUUAUUGUUUUUGUUGCCCUUCUCUUAUUCAUCUUCUCGUCCUCCCCCAUCCCCAAUCCCACCGUCGAGGGAGAAGCAGUUUCAGGUCCUGCCAAAUUUUUGCCUCAGCCUCAUCUGCCUUCCUUGAGUGAUCUUAAACUUCCGACAUUCCGGGCCCCUUCACACGAACCGCCGCCGGAAGAAAACAACAGCACCAGCGGCGAGUCCAAAUGGUUCAGCAACUGGGAAUGGCUGAACCCAUUCUCCUCCGCCAUCACCCUGGAUGAAGACCGUUCUGUUCUUCCUCCCCUACACGAGCGCCGCCCGAUAUACACAUACUAUAAUCCCAAAUACAACCCCAAGAAACAUUCCAGCAACGAACAAAAGGAGGACCAGAAUGCUGAUGCGGAGCUCCUUCUGGCCUGGCGCCGAGCUUGGUUUGCUCAGGGAUUCCGUCCAAUUGUCUUGACACCGGGGGAUGCUAUGAAGAAUCCACACUACGAAUUAGUGCAGAAACUCACUAUUUCACCCGAGUUGGAGAAUGAGGUCUUCCGCUGGUUGGCAUGGGGGCAUAUGGGAUCCGGCUUGCUCGCCGAUUUUGAGUGCUUCCCAAUGGGACGAUACGAUGACGAUCUGUUGAAGGCUCUACGACAGGGCACAGAGCCUGACUUUAUAAUCCGGUUCGAUAACUUCCAAGGCGGUCUCUAUUCGGCAGAGAAACACCGCAUCGAUGAGGCAAUCGAUGGUGCUGUAAAGAAAAUGGACGAAAAAUCUACAUCGUUUGGGGAGCUUAUCAACCCUGAGCUUUUCAAGGUGAUGGCCCCCAGUAGCCUUGCUUAUUACAAGCAUGCGACCAUCAGCUCCCAUUACCCGACAUUGCAAGAAAAGAUGAGCCAUAGCCCGUCCAAUGGACGAAUGCUUAUGGCUCAGCUUAUCAAUUCCCACCUUCACAAUACUUUUCAGAAUUCGUUCCCAGCUGGCUUGGCCGUGCUGAAGCCGUUCCCUCAGCACACGACUGCGCUGGUGGAACCCGCAUUACGAUUGGCGAAGGCACUCAUCCAGUGCCCAGAAUCUCCUGUCCCAGACUCCUGCCCACCCAACCUCCCUGACUGCCGUCCCUGUGGCUCUUCGAAGCAGCCCAUGCUCAUUAGCCAACCCUCUACUUAUAAAAAGACCAGUUUCCUUUUCACCAUUGGCACACUUCCACACCCAUACACCCUUGUCAGCCUGCAGAAGAGUUCUGACGAGGUCACCACGCGUCAAAUUCGUCGGGAAACCGAGCGGGAUGCGUGGUUAACUGACGUGACCAAGGAAGACCUUGGUCCAGAAAUGGGCAGCUCUUGGAGGGGCAUGGCAUUCAAGCAGGUUGUCGCUGGCGACCAGGCCAUUGCCACGUCCCUAUGGAUGACUGUCGAGUCUCUGCCUGCGGAAGCUGGCCAGACCCUGCCUUCCGAACUCCUGGAUGAGUUUGAAUGGCAGUUUGGAUUCAAGAUCCCUCGCGCCGGCACCAUCGAUCCGAACGCAGCGCAUGACAAGGAAAGCGUGCAGAGCAAAAAUCCCAGCCAGCAAGGCGUGGCCAGGGAAUAUGAGCUCCUCCAAAAGGCUCGCAAUGUCAUCAACAGUGAACAGCCUGACAGUCUGAGUAAGAAGAAUGUCGCUGAAGCCUGGAAUUUGGCCGAUACCGAGGUUUGGCGAUUCGUGAAGGCCUACCGGGCUCGGUCUGUCGUUGAGCGCAAGAGAUGGGAAGAAGAAGAGAGGGGAUUUGCAGGCUCCAAAGCAUGA